GCAUGGCCACACUAAAAACAUCGAUAACACAUCGGCUAAGCUUGUUGAUGUUUGCUACGUUCCCAAUUUCAGUUUGUUUUUCUUUGAAUGGUUUUAUGUUUCAUGUUCUAAACUGGCUGCUUGGAAAGAUUGCUAGAUUAUCCAUUAUUCCGAAUCGUGCCUAAUCAGGUGUACGGCUGCCACGCUCCGAUUUGCCUCCAAAUUCAACAUGAAUGUUUGUCGCCUGUGCUUGUCGAAGGAAGCCAACUUUGCGGUUUUCGGUGCAAAUGGAUCAACUGCUCUGCGGAUAAUGGUCUGCACAUCACUGGAGAUUGAGCCCGGCGACGGUCUGCCGCAGCACAUAUGCACCAUGUGCCGGCUGCGACUGGAGGAGAUGCACUGCUUCCGACGACGCUGCCUUGCAGCCGAUCGCAAAUUGAGACGCCACAAGGCGUUGCAACUGCAGGGUGUCAAGUCGCAGCUGAGCGAAGUGGAGGAGGAGCGGGGCUCGCUGUGCGAUGUGGAAGGAUGCACGCCCACUGCCUGCUCGGAGAACAAUGCCCAGUGGCGCCAGCAGGCCGCCCAGCUCAUUAGCAGCGAGAUCGACGCGUAUAAAAAGGAGCUGCUCAGCACUUGCAAGCAGGCUGUGCGGGCGGAUAUCGAGCUGGAGCUGCGGGCGGAACUCGAGGAGGUCAUCAUACCCGAGGCCAAGCAGCAGUUGCGUCUGAGCGUUCUGGACGACGUGUUCGUCGAACUGGAACGCUACUUUGUCCGCAAGCGCAACGAGGUGACCUACGAGAUGAAGAUGAACUCAAGCAGCCCGCUGCCUGUCGAACAGUCCGCUGGCUUUUACGAAGCAGACAUUGGCGAGGAGCUAAGGGAGCAGACCGAUAACAGCGUGGUGGAGCUACUGGACGAUGAACCAGAAGCCAGCAGGCAGCCAGCUGCAACGCCACUAGUUGCCGUGCCCAUGGUUGAGAUCAACAUGAACGACCCGCAGCUGAGUCAUUUGCGCAACGACUUUAGCAAGGAAACCUUUCUAGGUGCCAACACAACUGCCUUAAAGGAUGUAAAAACCCCAUCGCCGUGUCGAAAGAAAGUGCGCCUUAUGAGCCCCAAACAGAAGACCGAGAACCUGUGCCGGAAGCACAGUUCCUUCAAGAAAAGAUGCCCCAGUUCGUACGCCGAUUUCAAUAGUUGUGUGCGCUGUCGUCUCAGAGGAGCGGAUAAGCUAAAUAGCACCGUGACGUAGCCAGUAAAAGGCCUUCAACGAAUUUACAACAAUAUGUUUUGGAAGUGUUCUAUGAGUCACUGCAUCACUAAUUUAGUUUAAUCCUCUAUAUUAUAAGCAUAGUACCCUUUUUUUGGGCACGUGUAAUAGUUAAGGCUAAUUUGACCACAACAUCACCUAUUUGAAUUGUCUUCGUAUUCUAUAAAACUUUAAAUAUGCAUAUGCCGUACGUUA